AUGGUGAAGAGGGAACUAAGGUAUAUGCCAAGGGAAUCACAAUGGUGGAGAGACUUAAUGAGUAUUGGUGACUCAAUUGAGGAGGGGAGCUUUUUGAGUCAGGUCUCUUGCAAGAUUGGGAAUAGGCGUUUUGUAUCGUUUUGGCAUGCAAGCUGGCUGGGCCAUGAACCGCUAAGGGUUAUAUUUCAGAACUUGUACAAUGCCUCUGUUAUGAAAGGGGGUUCUGUCAUGGACAUGGGUAAUUUUGUAGGGGAAGUUUGGAUGUGGAAUCUGCACUUGGGGAAUCUUGAUUUAAUAGGUAAUCUGCUGGAGAAGUACACUGAUUUGUUGAAUUUGCUCAUGGAGGUUAGGUUGCGUCUGGGAGUUGAAGACUGCUUCGAUUGUAAUGGUUGUAAUUCAAGGAGUUUUAUUGUUAACUCUUGCUACUUUGCAUUGCAAAACACGGGUGCAAUAUCAGAUUUGGAGAUUGAUCUCAAGACGAUUUUAGAUUUGAUAUGGAAGACAAAGGUUCCUUUAAAGGCACACAUUUUUUGUUGGAGAUUGGCAUUAGAUAGACUACCUACCCGAUCGAAUCUUGUGUCUAGGGGAAUAAUCUCAAAUGUCCAUGUUAUUGUUUGUGUGUUAUGUUUUACUGUAAUGGAAGAUAAUAAUCAUCUAUUUCUUUCAUGCCCUCAUACUCGAUUGAUUUGGAGAAAAAUUUCAGAAUGGGUGGGAAUCGAGUGGAUUGAAGGUGAUAAUGUAGGUGAUCACUUGUUAAGUUGGUUUUUGAAGAUGAUGAGGUUCAACUCAAAAUCUACGACAUGUAACAUUUGGAUUACUACGUGUUGGACUAUUUGGUGGACAUGUAAUCAAAUUAUUUUCAAUUACGCGUUUGGAAAUACAUUUGAUAUCGCGCUUAGGUCCAUACAUACGUCAUGGUGGUGGUUAGAUUUCUGGUCUACGACCAAAAAUAAAUGUAGUUACUAUGAUUGGUACAAAUCUCCUACUGAUUUUUUGCAGUUGGAGAUUUUAGUAGGAAUUUUUUAA